GCCGCCAGGGAGAUGGUGCUGGUGGCCGAGCAGGGGGUGCUGGGGGGCAGGAACCGCCUGGACCCCACCUGGCACGAGAUGCUCAACCACGCCACGCGCAAGGUGAACGAGGCGGAGGAGGAGCGCGUGAGGAGCGAGCGGGAGCACCAGCGCGUCACCCAACUGUGCCAAGAGGCCGAGGCCAAGGUCCAGACCCUGCAGAAGUCCCUCAAGAAGGUCAUCGUGAAGAGCAAACCCUACUUCGAGCUCAAGGCCCAGUUCAACCAGAUCCUGGAGGAGCACAAGGCCAAGGUGACGGCGCUGGAGCGGGCGGUGGCCCAGGCCAAGACGCGCUACUCGGUGGCCCUGAGGAACCUGGAGGAGAUCAGUGAGCAGAUCCAUGCCCGGCGUCUCCAGCGCCUCGGCUUGGGCCGAGCUCCUCCACUGGGGGCCGAAGCGAGUCCCCAACCGCCUGGCUCCGAGCUGGAGGGCACCCAAGGGACCCAGUUGGGUGCUGAGGGUCCUGCGGGUGACACCUUGUCGGUGCUGAGCCUCCAAACCAUCGCCUCGGACCUGCAGAAGUUCGACUCGGUGGAACAUCUCCUGAA